GGUCAGUUUGGCUCCAGCUCGGGCUUGUUGGUGAGCGGGGGAGGGGAGGUCCUGGAGAUGUGUUUGAAAAAGAAUGGCUGGAAGGAGAAAAGCAUUAGAAAAACCUUCGAUAAACUGUAAUGCACAAAGCACAAAUGAUACUAGGACAAAACAUGUGCUUGAAGCAAACAAUGAAAGAUUCCACCCUAAAAGAGCUGCUCUGCCAAUGGAAGAACCAAGCAAGUGUUAUUUAUUGCGAGAACUCACUGCACAGAGAUCAUCCAUUGAGAAAGGAAUACUGGAUGUUGAUCGACUCAUUCUUAAACUUUUUACAUCUGGCACUUUGGACUUUGUCUCCUUGAACAAUAUUACUCAGUAUCCCGUUAGGAAUGACAGGACUCAAGCUCUGCUGGACCACUUUUUACAAAUAAAUAACAAUGUCAUUUUAAGGCAGUUUGUUUCUCACAUGCGGGACCCAGUGAUACUAAAUGCGGAAGCACUAAACUGGGCUGAGUAUAUGCAAGGAUGCAAUGACAGCUGUUGUAUGUUCUUCAUCAAGAAAUAUGCUGAUGUUUUUCAAUAUGUCUUGGAAGAAUACGGCGUGAAGCGCUUUGCGGAAUACUUUGUGAAAUCAGGAAUGCUGAAAGAAUCGGAGAGCAACGAUCUAUGCGAGUAUAACCAAAAGGAGGGAGCAGAACGUUUUAUGCACAUCUUAUUCACCAAAAAAACCAUUCUUUGUGUAGCAGACUUGUGGUUUACAUUGGUGCAACAUCAGAAUGACCUUCCUUAUCUGGGACCAUACAUCAACAGUUUCCUGACAGCAUUUGAUGAACAAACCAGACCCCUCUGUCCACAAUUCGACCCUGAACUGCCAAUCAAACCGCUGUUAAUAAAGAAAUGCUAUGUCAAUGUCUAUCGUCUGCUUCAUUUAAUACAUGUGGAAGGCACAGAGGCUGUUCGGAAUAUUUUUGAUGCCCACAUAUCUCCAGAGGAAUUGGAUGAAGAAGUUACAAAGAAUAAAGUUUUAAUCAAGAAUCGGUUAGAAGGAACAGAUUUCAGCAAUGUCCGAAAAAGAUGGAUGAAUAUUGUUUAUUCCACAGAGAAGUCAAAAACUCUGCGUUUUACAUUGCCUUUGUUUAAUUUUCUUGCUGUGUUCAUGAAGAAGUUUCCCCGUCCCAAAAAAGGUUGGACUGGGAGGCUUGCAAGAUCUGAUACAUCCCCCGGAGCUUGCUUACGGCGGAUCUGUGAAAUGCGAGAUUACCUUUUGAAAGGGAUUUUCCACACAGACCUGACUUAUGAAAAAUUUGACCAAAUUUGGAAUGAAGCUGCAGAAAUACUUGUUCACCUUGGCAUUGAUGAUAAGCGACUCCAAGGACUUCGCUUGCAGCCAAUGAACGUUACAUUCAUUGAUAGAAGAUACAUGGAGAAAUAUUUUAACAAGCCACUGUCCCAGCUUUUGGAAGAACUUAUUGUUAGACAUCACAAUGGUAUUGAUUCAAUCUGUGCUUGUUCUUUGACAGAGGAUCUGUGUGCAGGGCAUGAAACCCAAAAGCCUGGGCUAAAAUUGCUUGAUACUACAGAAGAGCAUAAGGAAAAGGAGACCUCAGAGGAUGAGUUUGCAAAACCUAUUCCUGCAACAGGAGACUCAAACGCAAAGAAAAGACGGAAAAAAUCAAGAGGUAAAAAGGGUAAAAAGACAGAAGCUGCUGCAAAGGCAACUUUACAGAAAGCUGAAAUGCUCAAGGAAUUAAAAAGUCCCCUGAGUCAGAACAGUGAAAUGCCUGAAGAACAAAAUCAAGAACUAAUACUGGAGCCUGAAGCUACAGGACCUGCUGAAUCCUGUGACAUCAACAAUAGAAGUGAAGAUGAUCGUGGAGAAGAGAUAAGCCAGGAAAAGAUUUUGGAUGGGAAGGUUGAUGUUUGCGUCAACACUGAUGACGUUGAUUUUAAGGAGACUUUCAAAAGAAUAGAGGAAGAAAGAAACAGAUUAAUACAUACCAUUGAAGACCUGCGUGACAGCUGCAAACAAAUAGAAAAUGAAAGCCAUCUAGAAAUUAAAGCAUGGAAACAAAAAAUCCAUGAGAAGGAGAAACUGUGUGAGGGCCUCCAGCAAGAAAUUUUAAGUAUCAAGCUUCAACUCCAGGAGGAAUCUUGCAAAAUAAUACAGGAGCAGAAAACUCAUCAAAUGCAGUUAAUUAAAGUCAAGGAACAAAUUAGAAUCAAAAGAUCUCAAUUUGAAAGAUAUGAAAAAUUAAUUAAUGACAAGAAUGAGGAAAUGGUAAAAUUGAAAAGAGAAUUGCAAAAUGAACUAGAACAUUGGAGCCGUGAAAAGCUACAGCUGGAGGAAGAGCUUGCAAUUGCACAACAAAGUGAAACAGAAAGUGUUAGGAGGGCAGUCGGUCAAGAGAGCCUUCUGCUAGAAAUGCGCAGAGAUUUCUUACUCAGGAACCUAGAGGAUGCCUUGCUGGAGACAGAACAUCAGCUGAGCAUGCUUGUGGAUGAGAUGAGGAGACAGAUUGCUGACCCGUCACAGAUUCAGGCUGCUGUAAACAAGUGGGAAGUUAUUGCUGCUGAUCUCAGAAGUAAAAUUGAAUACACAAAGAUAAACUUCAAUGAUCACAUCUACCUGAUCAAAAAGGGAGCCAAACUGAGUAAUCUGCCUGUGCUCAGCAAUCCUGAACCUCCAACCUGGCUUUCUUUGCACAUUCUGAAAUCUCAAAGGAAAGCAAGCUUUCAGCAUUUAUCAGAGCCUCAACCUUCUCUACAAUUGCAUGCUGCAACCACAACCGCUACCACAUCCAGUGCAACAUCCAGUAUCCUACAAGGAUAUAGAAACAGGUCAGAACUAAGCAGUUUUGUUGAUCAAGGACAAACUGAACAGAAAACAUGGACGAGCGUUGAAAAUCAGAAGUCCUGUAAGCAGUUGGUGCAACAGCAGUGUAUUGAGGAAGACCCCUGCAUCAUUUGCCAUGAGGAAUUAGUUCCCUCCAAGGAUUGCUAUGAGCUGGAAUGUAAACAUAUUUUCCACAAAAAGUGUAUUGAUUACUGGCUGAAGGAACAAAGCACAUGCCCUAUUUGCAGGAUUCUUGUGCUAAAGCCAGAGGACUAUCCACAGCUUUCAAAUAAAAAGGUUCUUUCUUAAAGUAACAUCUGACAAAUGGGACUUUCGAGCAAGAAAAUAGAUAUUAGAUUGUGAAAAUGCAUAUAUUUGAAAUGAAAAAAAGAACAAUGUUAUUUUAAAUACUCAUUGUGUAGAACCUCAUGGUUUGAAAUGUUUUGUUCACUGUUCACAACAUUCACUUUGACUGCGAUCAGUCCUGAUUAACUUCAUUAUCCUUUAAAGCUGUGAUAUCGGCCUAUAAUGUUUUAUGUAAUUACUGCAGGGGUGAUUUUACCUUGUUUCUCCAAUACCAAUGUUACACUUUUGGAAUCAGUGUGAAUAAAUGUUUUUGAUUUGCA